AUGUCCAAGGACCACAAGUGGUCCACAGGAGAUCUGCGUAACAUGAAGAUUAAACCGCUGGUACAUUUGAAACAAUCGACCGACGCCAUUUUGAAAGAAAAAUACCUUGUCUGCAGAUACCUACCACAGGGUGCUCGUGAUAAUGAUCUCCAAUACGACGGUGAUGCUAAUGGUGGGGACGCUCGCCUCAUAAACACAUGCUACAAUAAUAAUAAUAAUAAUAAUAAUAAUAAUAAUAAUAGGAGAACUUCAAUAAGGUUUGAUUACUCUAGCCUGACCAAAAAGCACAAUAAUAAUAAUAACCUGAAUGCUUGUAGCAGUGGCAAAAUCCGAAGUUUGGGUGGUGUAAAAGGUGAUUGUGAUGAUGAAGGGCACUAUGGUUAUGAUAGUGAUUAUCAACAGUUUGAAAACAAAGAGAACAGAUUGAAAUACAAAGACACUAAAUACCCGACGAAGCAAAAAUUACUACAUCAACAGCAACAACAUCAACAACAACAACAGCAGCAGCAGCUACUACUUAAGCGCCAGCAAGAAAUAGCCCUAUUGUAUCAGCAACAACAACAACACCAACUACAACAACAAUCAAAACAUAAUGGUAGUAAAAAAGGCAAGAGCGACGAAAAGAUUUUGAAAGAGCAAAAUAAUAUGCUGCAACAAUCACGCCAACAACAUCAACCACCACAACAACAACAACAACAUAUUCUCAAUUUGUCCAAUGUCAAUUUGAAAGGUUCUAAAAUAUCUCAAAAAAGUUCCAUAUCUAUACCUAAUCUCGAUGCUCAUGGGGAUACAAACAACGACACAGACAGAGAAAUUGAAAUAAGCCUUCCGACUUCUGAUCUCUCAAAACUCAUCAAAAACCUCAGCUAUCACUCAUACGACGACUUCCUGGACAACCUGCGCCAUCAGGGAAUCGCCAUACCCAAGAAUAAUAAACAUAAACAAAGAAAUAAACAACAUAGACAACGCAGUAGUCGUAGUUCUUCUCGAAGCGCUGAUUUCGAACUGACGGCCAACCACCAUAGCAGUUACUAUUACCACCCGGAAUGCAAGGAUGAGCCGACGAAGUACCUUUGCCUAUGUGGAACCGCCUUUACCUGGUCAACAAAAUUUUGUGUUGCCAACGGAGUGAAUUCCCACUUCGAGUUCCCGACAACCAAUCACAGCUCGGCCUUCCACUAUGCCCUGCUUACGAACCAGCCCUUUCCGCCAAUGACCAACUUCACCAUCGCCUUCUGGGUCCGAGUUUUAGAUCCCAAUCACAACGGGAUCGUGCUAUCGUACGGCAUUCGGAACGAUAACUCCUCCAUAUUUACCUUCCGCAGUGGGCCCACUCUGUCGAUGAAAAUUUUCGAGUCUAAUAUCGUGACGAGUGUUCAGCUGGACAGGCAGAAGUGGUGCCACGUUGUUUGGACCUGGGUUCUCUGGAGAAAUGGGACGGCAGUGUGGAGUUUGUUCGUGAAUGCCGUGCAGAGGGCGAGCGGACCUAAAACGAAAAUCACCACAUCAUCAUCGUCGUCGUCGUCAUCAUCGUCGUCGUCAAGUAAUAAAACAUCGCGUAGACAAAAAAAGCCGAAAAGAUCUUUGCACAAUAGCGGCGGAGCCGACGAUGGUGAUGAAGACGACGACGAUGGUGAUGAAGACGAAGACGAUGGUGAUGAAGACGAAGACGAUGGUGAUGAAGACGAAGACGACGAUGAUGAUGAAGACGAAGACGACGAUGAUGAUGACAUCACUGUUAAUGAUUCUAACAACAACAACGACGACGAUGAUGAUAAUAAUUCUGAUAUAAACAACACUAAUCUCGAUAACAAUGAAAAUAUCAUUACUGUGGAUAAUAAAGAUAAUGUUGCUAACGAUGCAAAUGACGUCAACAAAAUGGAAGAUGAUGCCACUGAGAAAGCCACGAUAGCGGCCGGCGGUGUAUUAGUAAUCGGCCACUCUUUCGUCGUCAUCAACGAUCAGGACGCCAUUUUGAAAAUGGCGGACGAGAAUUGCUGCCAUUUCCGUGGUGAUCUCGGGUUUAUACACGUCUGGGAUUACGAGUUCAGUUUUGACGAGGUGACGAACUUGUACAAAGAUUGCAGGCUAACAAUGGUUGGCAAUGCCGUACAGUGGUCCAGUUUUAGGAGUGGGACUAGAGGAAUCCGGAUUAAGUGGCCGACGGAUAUUUUUGAUGUGACGAGAUGUUUUUCUGAAGAGGAGUCCACUCUGACGUGCAAUCAGUAUUGUAAUCUAGUAAGAGGGCCUAAAUGUGCAGAGGAGAUUCUUUCGAACAUAUUAUGGAGUAGGACUACAGCCGACAGUUACGUGAAAGCUUCUUGCGACAGCUUCUCGCACGACGUCGCUAACGACAGCCACACUAGGUACAUACGAAGGCAUUGUACUCGAACGUCGGAUAACAGAGGCAAAUGGAUGUCUCCUGUUCUCAAUGAUUGUCUAUCUAAACCGUAUCUCGACAUUGAUAUUCAGCAGCAACAACAGCAGCAGCAGCAACAACAACAGCUGCAACAACUACAGCAGCAACAUGGCGAAAAGUUAGAGGCCGAAUUGAAACUAAUCUUGAACAUGCUGAACAGCCUGAGGCAUAAGACACAACCGGACAACAUCAUGGAUAUUUCAACUCUUAUCAAAUCCGUUUGCAAUCUCAUCGAGUUUCAGAAUGCGGCCUUGAUAAAACUACUAAAACUCUACUACAACAACAACAACAACAACAACAAAGAUGAUAAUACAAAGUUUCCACCGGAUUUCAUUCGAAAGUUGGACAUGUUUGGGAUAAGUAGGAAGCAGGAUAGGAUGGUUUAUCCGACAAUUUCAGACUCCGACCAGUUCAUAAAAAACAUAUCGUCAACUCUAGAUGGUUUACUUCAGCCUGAAAACAUUUGGCUCUGGUUGAAUUCAAACCCACCCGGAUCGGAACCUGACGCAUUACUAGUGACUCUAGAACAUUUGGCUGAUUUAGUGGCAAACUCUUUACACUUUCAUCUAGCGAGGGGCGAUUUAGUGAUUAAAGAUAAGGAGUCCUAUGUUAACGUUACAUUUUCUAGAUUUGAAAUGAAAGUCGGUAUGUUUAAGCGAAACCGGCUGAACGAGACGUACAUACCGACCUGGUUGGAGAAUCGAGUCUGGUCCCGAGAUUCCAAUUUCUCGGUAUCCUUAGAACCGUCUCAAUUCCAUUCUCGUCACAAUCCUCACUCAAAUCUGGUCGAUUUUACCGAGAGAAGCGAAUACGAACCGUACACGUUCGGUAUCGUCCACGUUUCAAACAUUCUCAACGAUAAUCACCACGAGUCAACAAAAUGGACAUGGUCAGCCAAGGAAUGCAACUUGUUACUCGCCAACGUAACACACGCAACAUGCCAAUGCACAGGCGAGGGAUUUUACGGAUUGCUAUCUGAUCUCUUUGACAUUAAUUAUGUACCACCGGAAGCGGAUCUGACCUUUGUAACCUACCCCUCAUACAUUGGCUCCCUCGGAUCUGUGGCGUUCUGUGGCUAUACGCUGAUACUGCUUAUAUACUACAAGUCAAGGACGAAGGCAACAGCCACACACAGACACCUGGCGGUCACCAUCAUCGCUCAACAUCUCGUGUUUUUGUUCGGCACUGAACAAAUUAAAAUUAAGAUUGUAUGCAUCCUCUCAGCGGUAUUUCAGCACUUUUUAACGUUGUCAUCAUUCUGCUGGCUGAUGAACGAGGCAUUCAACUUGUACAUCGUCAUAACCUACUCCGCCCACUCCAGGGCCGAUGAGGAUGAAAACGAAGGCGGAAAUAUGAUCAAGUAUUACGUGUUACAUUGCCUGGAAUCAUCUGUGGUUCCUGGUGGCUCCAGUCUUUAUUGUUCUUAUCGUUAG